GAGUACAAAGGAGAGAAGAAGUCCUUUUACCCUGAAGAGAUCUCCUCCAUGGUCCUGGUGAAAAUGAAGGAAACUGCAGAGGCCUACCUGGGUCAGAAGGUAACCAACGCUGUUAUUACUGUACCUGCCUACUUCAAUGACUCUCAGAGGCAAGCAACCAAAUUUGCUGGUGCGAUUGCUGGGCUGAACGUCCUAAGGAUAAUCAAUGAGCCCACAGCUGCAGCGAUCGCCUACGGCCUGGACAAAGGCAAGCAGGGAGAGCGCAAUGUGCUGAUCUUUGACUUAGGAGGGGGUACGUUCGAUGUGUCCAUCCUGACUAUUGAAGAUGGCAUCUUUGAGGUGAAAGCAACAGCAGGAGACACACACCUGGGUGGGGAGGACUUUGACAACUGCCUGGUCAACCAUUUUGUGGAGGAGUUUAAGAGGAAGUGCAAGAAGGACAUCAGCCAGAACAAGCGUGCACUGAGGAGAUUGCGCACAGCCUGUGAGAGGGCCAAGAGAACCCUGUCCUCCAGCUCUCAGGCAAGCAUCGAGAUCGACUCCCUGUAUGAGGGCAUUGACUUCUACACUUCUGUUACCAGAGCACGUUUUGAGGAGCUGUGCUCUGACCUGUUCAGGGGAACACUGAAUCCUGUGGAGAAAGCCCUUAGAGAUGCCAAAAUGGACAAAUCCCAGAUCCAUGACAUUGUCUUGGUUGGAGGUGCUACGAGAAUCCCCAAAAUCCAGAAACUUUUGCAGCCUUUCUUCAACGGCAAAGAGUUGAACAAAAGCAUCAAUCCAGAUGAGGCAGUGGCUUCCGGUGCCGCAGUUCAGGCUGCCAUCUUAAUGGGCGACACAUCUGGAAAUGUCCAGGACCUGUUGCUGCUGAAUGUGGCCCCGCUGUCUCUGGGCAUGGAGACCGCAGGUGGAGUCAUGACCGCUCUCAUCAAUGGCAACACCACCAUCCCCACCAAGCAGACCCAGAUCUUCAGCACAUAUGCAGACAACCAGCCCGGUGUUCUGAUCCAGGUUUACGAAGGUGAAAGAGCCAUGACAAAAGACAACAACCUGCUGGGGAAGUUUCAGCUGACGGGCCUCCCACCUGCACCUCGAGGAGUCCCUCAGAUUGAGGUGACCUUUGACAUUGACGCCAAUGGCAUUUUGAAUGUGUCGGCAGUGGACAAAAGCACUGGCAAAGUGAACAAGAUCACCAUCACCAACGAUAAGGGCAGGCUGAGCAAGGAGGAGAUUGAGAGGAUGGUGCAGGUUGCAGACAAAUAUAAGGCAGAGGAUGACCUGCAGAGAGAGAAGAUUGCUGCUAAGAACACUCUGGAGUCCUAUGCCUUUAACAUGAAGAACAGUGUGGAAGAUGAGAACUUGAAGAACAACAUCAGUGAGGAUGACAAGAAGAAAGUCAUUGAGAGGUGCAACCAAGCCAUCAUGUGGCUGGAGAACAACCAGCUGGCUGAAAAGGAGGAGUACGUACAUCAGUUGAAGGAGCUGGAGAAGGUGUGCAACCCCAUCAUCGCCAAACUGUACCAUGGAGGGAUGCCAGCUGGAAGCUGUGGAGCUCAGGCCCGUGCCCGCUCAGGGGCCGGCACCCAGGGGCCCACUAUUGAAGAGGUCGAUUAGGGACGUGAACUUCUUGUAUGGACUCAGAGUGCUCUUUUUGAAUUAGUUUCUCCUGAAGAAAAUGUUGUUGCCUGUAUUGUUCAGUUGUGCUUCACAGCAUGUGGAGAAUUAGCUGAUGUGGACAAUAGCAUCUUUUGUCAUUGCUAGUGCAUUAAUAACGUUUAGAA